UCUAUGCUCCAGUGGCCUUAGCUCACUUCCGUGGAGGCGGGACUUCCGGCCUUCCUACAGCACUUCCGGCCAGAGCUUAAAGCUUCGCUGCUGGACAGUCUGCGGGAGGUGCCGCGGCUCAGAACACCUGGUCUCUCGGCGCGCAGAUCUUAUAUUUUGGAUUCUGGAUAUAUUAUAAUGAGUGACACGUUGACAUUGGAUGUCAUUGGUCGAAGAGUUGAAGUUAACGGAGAACAUGCAACAGUACGUUUUGCUGGUGUUGUCCCUCCUGUGGCAGGACCCUGGUUAGGAGUAGAAUGGGACAAUCCCGAAAGAGGAAAGCAUGAUGGGAGCCACGAAGGGACUGUGUAUUUUAAAUGCAGGCACCCCACAGGAGGAUCAUUUAUUCGUCCGAAAAAGGUAAAUUUUGGAAUAGACUUUCUUACUGCAGUUAAGAACCGCUAUGUGUUAGAAGAUGAACUGGAGGAAGAUGGAAAAGAACAAAUUGUUACAAUUGGAAAUAAACCUGUGGAGACUAUUGGUUUUGACUCUAUUAUGAAACAGCAAAGUCAGCUGAGCAAGUUGCAAGAAGUUUCUCUGAGGAACUGUGCAGUAAGUUGUGCUGGUGAGAAAGGAGGAGUUGCCGAGGCAUGUCCCAAUAUUAGAAAUGUUGAUUUGUCAAAAAACCUGUUGUCGUCUUGGGAUGAAGUGAUACACAUUGCUGAUCAGCUCAGACACCUGGAAGUCCUUAAUCUCAGUGAAAAUAAACUAAAAUUUCCCUCCGGUUCAGCACCUCUAACUGGAACGUUUUCUGCACUGAAGGUGUUAGUCCUCAACCGAACAGGAAUAACGUGGGCUGAGGUGCUGCGGUGUGCCGCGGAGUGCCCAGGCCUUGAGGAGCUCUACCUCGAGUCUAACGAGAUUUUCAUUUCCGAAAGGCCAACAGAUGUUCUCCAGACAAUCAAGUUAUUAGACCUUUCCUCUAAUCAAUUAAUUGAUGAAAAUCAGCUAUUUCUGAUAGCCCACCUGCCCAGGUUAGAACAAUUAAUCCUCUCUGACAUUGGAAUUUCUUCGAUACAUUUUCCGGAUGCUGGAAUCGGGUGCAAAACAUCCAUGUUCCCGUCCUUGCGGUACCUUGUAGUAAAUGACAAUCAGAUAUCACAAUGGUCCUUUUUCAAUGAGCUAGACAAGUUACCAAGCCUGCGGGCUUUGUCCUGCCUAAGAAACCCCCUGACCAAAGACGACAAAGAUACUCAGACCACGAGGCAGCUUAUUAUCGCCAAAAUUGGCCAGCUGAAGACCCUGAACAAAUGUGAGAUUCUCCCAGAGGAGAGGUGGGGAGCUGAGCUUGACUACCGAAGAGCUUUUGGAAACGAGUGGAAAAAGGCUGGUGGACACCAGGACCUGGACAAAAACAGACUCAGCGAAGAAUUCCUCAUGGCCCAUCCUAGAUACCAGUUCCUCUGCCUGAAAUAUGGUGCACCUGAAGAUGGGGAACUCAAAAGACAACCACUUAUGCUCAAAAACCAGCUACUAACACUGAAGAUAAAAUACCCUCAUCAACUUGAUCAGAAAGUCCUAGAGAAACAACUGCCAGGCUCCAUGACAAUCCAAAAGGUGAAGGGAUUGCUGUCACGUCUUCUCAAAGUUCCGGUGUCAGAUCUUCUGUUGUCCUAUGAAAGUCCCGAGAAGCCGGGCAGAGAAAUUGAGCUGGAGAAUGACCUAAAGUCAUUACAGUUUUAUUCUGUGGAAAACGGAGAUUGUCUAUUAGUGCGAUGGUAACAACCAACUAAUAAAAUUUAGAGACUAUACUGCUUAUGUCUGGGGUUCACCAGAAAUAAAUGCUUCACUGGAACAAUUCUGCCAAAAAAAAGUGGGGGGUUACUACUUGCCCUAAGUAUAACAAGGGACGUAGUUUAACAAUGGAUGUAUUUUUUGUCGGGAAGCGACCAUUUCUAGGCUAAUACAUAAUAGCUAUAAUAAAGGCUUUGAACCUCCUAA